AUGGCUGCCUUUAAUUUAGUAAUGAACUUGUAUGGGCAAUCAAGUUCCAUUAAUGUCAAGAUGUUUGUCACCACACUCACGGGGAAGGCCCAGGAGUGGUUUACCAGCCUACCGCCCGGUAGCAUAAAGUCGCACGCACAAUUGAUGCAGAAGUUCACCUUCCAUUUCGCAAGUAAAAGGAAGCAAAAGAGAUCUGCCACCUACCUAUUCACCAUUCGGCAGAGGGAUAAUGAGACAUUGAAAAACUUUAUGGGAACGCUCAACAAUAAGACCUUGGAGGUACAGGAUUUGAGAAUAGACAUGAUGGUUAGUAUCCUAAUCCACGGUCUGAAGAAAGGGCCAUUCGCCUCGGCACUAGCAAGGGAUCCGCCAACGGAUGUAGAGCAGCUGAUGCGCUUGGCGCAGAAGUAUAUUGAUCAAGAAGAAAUGAACGCGAUAAAAGAUGGAGAAUGGCUAGGCAGUGGGGAUAGAGGUAGAGAUGGAGAUCGUGUGAGAGGAGAAGGAGAUAAGAGGUAA